GUGGAAAGAAGGGGGGCGCUGUCACGGAGACUCAGGCCGCAGGAGACCCCGCGCAGCGAGGCCACUGGUCUCCCCGGUUGCGGGGCGUUAGCGGCGCCGACCCGGGGCGCCAGGGGGACCCACCGGGCGGAGGAGGGGGCCUAUCUACCCUUCCGCAUUUUCCUGGGUCUCUCUCCCGGGCGGUGACGUGACGUGCUGACGGCGGGCCCGUGCCGGGGAGCUGGGCCGCUUUUUGUCAGCUCCGAGCUCGGCCCCUCCUCCCUCCCUCCGCCCGCCCCACCAGCCGGAGCCCGGCCCAGUGCUCCAGAGAAAGGCCGGCCUGCAGCACCCGCCACCGUCGCCGACCGCCCGCACGCCCGUCCGUGUCUUCAAGGAAUUCUUCACUUACUCCAAGGAGCUGUGACUGAUGAGAAUUAAAGGCCAUGGAUGAAGAUGGACUUGAAUUACAACCACAAGAGCCAAACUCAUUUUUUGAUGCAACAGGAGCUGAUGCAACACACAUGGAUGGUGAUCAAAUUGUUGUGGAAGUACAAGAAACUGUUUUUGUGUCAGAUGUUGUGGAUUCAGACAUAACUGUGCAUAACUUUGUUCCUGAUGACCCCGACUCAGUUGUAAUUCAAGAUGUUAUUGAGGACGUUGUUAUAGAAGAUGUUCAAUGCCCAGAUAUCAUGGAAGAAGCAGAUGUAUCAGAAACCGUCAUCAUUCCUGAGCAAGUGCUGGACUCAGAUGUAACUGAAGAAGUUUCUUUAGCACAUUGCACAGUUCCAGAUGAUGUUUUAGCUUCUGACAUUACUUCAGCCUCAAUGUCUAUGCCAGAACACGUCUUGACAAGUGAAUCUAUACAUGUGUCUGACGUUGGGCAUGUUGAACAUGUGGUUCAUGAUAGUGUUGUAGAAGCAGAAAUAGUCACUGAUCCUCUGACCACCGAUGUAGUUUCAGAAGAAGUAUUGGUAGCAGACUGUGCCUCCGAAGCAGUUAUAGAUGCCAACGGGAUCCCUGUGGACCAGCAAGAUGAUGACAAAAGCAACUGUGAGGACUACCUUAUGAUUUCCUUGGAUGAUGCUGGCAAAAUAGAACAUGACGGUUCAUCUGGAAUGACUAUGGAUGCAGAGUCAGAAAUUGAUCCUUGUAAAGUGGAUGGCACUUGUCCUGAAGUCAUCAAGGUGUACAUUUUUAAAGCUGACCCUGGAGAGGAUGACUUAGGUGGAACCGUAGACAUUGUGGAGAGUGAGCCUGAGAAUGAUCAUGGAGUUGAACUGCUUGAUCAGAACAGCAGUAUUCGUGUUCCCAGGGAAAAGAUGGUUUAUAUGACUGUCAAUGACUCUCAGCAAGAAGAUGAAGAUUUAAAUGUUGCUGAAAUUGCUGAUGAAGUUUAUAUGGAAGUGAUCGUAGGAGAGGAGGAUGCGGCAGCGGCAGCUGCUGCUGCUGCUGCUGUGCAUGAACAGCAAAUGGAUGACAAUGAAAUCAAAACCUUCAUGCCAAUUGCAUGGGCAGCAGCUUACGGUAAUAAUUCUGAAGGAAUUGAAAACCGGAAUGGCACUGCAAGUGCCCUCUUGCACAUAGAUGAGUCUGCUGGCCUCGGCAGACUGGCUAAGCAAAAACCAAAGAAAAGGAGAAGACCUGAUUCCAGGCAGUACCAAACAGCAAUAAUUAUUGGCCCUGAUGGACAUCCCUUGACUGUCUACCCUUGCAUGAUUUGUGGGAAGAAGUUUAAAUCAAGAGGUUUUUUGAAAAGACACAUGAAAAACCAUCCUGAACACAUUGCCAAGAAGAAGUAUUGCUGUACUGACUGUGAUUACACUACCAACAAAAAGAUAAGUUUACAUAAUCACCUGGAAAGCCACAAAUUGACCAACAAGGUAGAGAAAGUCAUUGAGUGUGAUGAGUGUGGAAAGCAUUUCUCUCACACUGGGGCUUUGUUUACUCACAAAAUGGUGCAUAAGGAAAAAGGAAACAACAAAAUACAUAAGUGUAAAUUCUGUGAAUAUGAGACAGCUGAACAAGGAUUAUUGAACCGUCAUCUUUUGGCAGUCCACAGCAAGARYUUUCCUCAUAUUUGUGURGARUGCGGUAAAGGUUUUCGKCAYCCAUCAGAGCUCAAAAARCAYAUGCGRAUYCAUACUGGSGAGAARCCRUACCAAUGCCAGUAYUGYGAAUAUAGAUCUGCAGACUCUUCUAACUUAAAAACGCACGUAAAAACUAAACAUAGUAAAGAGAUGCUGUUCAGGUGUGAUAUUUGUCUUCUGACUUUCUCAGAUACCAAAGAGGUGCAGCAACAUGCUCUUAUCCACCAAGAAAGCAAAACACACCAGUGUUUGCAUUGUGACCACAAGAGUUCGAACUCAAGUGAUUUGAAGCGACACAUAAUUUCAGUUCACACGAAGGACUACCCCCAUAAGUGUGACAUGUGUGAUAAAGGCUUUCACAGGCCUUCGGAACUCAAGAAACAUGUGGCUGCCCACAAGGGUAAAAAAAUGCACCAGUGUAGACAUUGUGACUUUAAGAUUGCAGAUCCGUUUGUGCUAAGUCGCCAUAUUCUUUCGGUUCACACAAAGGACCUUCCAUUUAGGUGUAAGAGGUGUAGAAAGGGAUUUAGGCAACAGAAUGAGCUUAAAAAGCAUAUGAAGACACACAGUGGCCGAAAAGUGUAUCAGUGUGAGUACUGUGAGUAUAGCACUACGGAUGCCUCAGGCUUUAAACGGCAUGUUAUUUCCAUUCAUACAAAAGACUAUCCUCAUCGUUGUGAGUACUGCAAGAAAGGUUUCCGAAGACCUUCGGAAAAGAACCAGCACAUAAUGCGACAUCACAAAGAAGUUGGCCUGCCCUAACGAUACAUCUACAGACGUUUGUAGAGAUACUGGCCUUGAAGCAGGAAAUUCAUUUUAAAGCCAAUCAGUCUUGUUCACUUACAAUACUGUAUAUUGAUUUAUGCUGUGUACAAAUAGAGUUAUUGCUUCUAGUUGACUUUUUUUUUUAACAUUUUGUUCAAUAGCGUGUUCUGAAUUCUAUUCAGUUUGUUUAAUAAAUGGGGAAAAGUAGCAACAAGUUAGUUGCUUUUAAUAAAGUAAUCCCUGGUUCUAUACUGAAUUUUUCUAUCUUAGAAGUUUUAUAUUUAUUUAAAUAAUUACCUUGCCUACCUUGAUGGUACUCUUCUAAGAUCUUUUAACUUAAGGUAACUUUAGAUUGGUAACUCUGAAAGUAUUCAUAUUGACUCAUUUUCUUUUUCCCCAUAAAUUUCUCACAAUAAAAUUGUCAGAGACAUUGAAUAUGAAUGGGAGAUUUUACAGUCAAGUCUAAUGAUCACAACAUGGAAGUGUUUACUUGUCUUGUUUAAUAUUUUCAGACCAUAUGACAAGGAAAGUUUCCUUUUGAGCUUUUGCGUCCCUGGCAUAGCUGAGUUUAGAAUAGUGGCUGGGUUUGUGUUUACUUUUCAUUUUGUUUAGAAGACAAAAUAUAUUUCUUUUUGGCUUUCUUUGGACUAUUUACAUCUUUUGUUAGCAUAGCAAACUUUUAGAAAACUUUAUUGAAAAAUUUUGCUUGUUCCUGUUGUAUUUUGAUUAUUCUGUCUGUGCUGCUUUGUCUUGGAAUGGUUGUGUGCUACAAAUGAAAUUUACUGAGGACUGCAUUUUGGAAUCUCCUAGAGGUAACUUGCGGCUCAUAGGAUCUUUUGCAACUUUAUAUAUGUAAAUGUACCCUGAAUUAUAUAUAUACAUAUAUAUAUAUAACAUGUAUCUGUGUGUAUUGCUUAUUUUACAUAUUUAUACACACAACCCCAAGUAGUAUUUGUUUAAAAUCUAUAAUGAAAAGUAUUAAUUAAAUUUACAAUAACAUGAAAGAUCCAGGGAUGCAUGAGAGAGCAUUUUGUAAGUCAUGCUCUUCAGAGAGACUACUCAGGUGAAGAAUUAGAAGGAAAAUAAGGACACUAGUAUUUUUAAAGAGUAAAGGUAUUUUCUUUUAAAUAUCUUUGGUAAUUGAAAAAUAAUUGAAAAAAUAGAGGUUAAGAUGUUUUUAGAUAGAAUGUUUUCAUACAGUUUCAGCUCCAUGCCUUUAUAUUUUUCUGAAAAGCUUAUGAAUAUCCAGACGUGACUCCCUCAGUUCUCUCUGAGAAGCUGGAGAGAGAGCUCUGUCUCACCAAGUGAGGGGGGGCGGGGACAGAGAAGAAGUGAUGGCUCCAUGGACCAGAGAACGGGUGCUAAUUAUGACUUACACUUGGCAAGUUCAGCCUGCUUUGUUAGUUCUUAGACAGUUAAAGUUAGCAAACUUUUAAAAAACUUAACACUCAAGUUGGCUUAGGUUAGAAGAUAGAGGUGUGUUCCAAGUACAUAAGGAAAGUUUGAGGCCUUAUUUGGAACUUCACCAAGUCUUUCAGUUUUUUUUUUUCUUUGAGAGUUGGCAGUUUUUAACAUGUAGGUCUGAAUCAGAGUCAUAACGUUUAUAAAAUGAAUUUGGUUAAUUAGAAUUUAGUUAUGUUAAGAUGACUCUUGGAGAACAGAAAACAGUUGGGGGGGGCUAGAAUUGGCUGUUGGCACAUGAUCUGGCGCAUCAUGGGAGAUUUAGAAAUUUUCUUCCCACUUGAUAGCUGCCUUGCUGCCUCAUUAUGGUGCUCCAUCCCCUUUGUGCCGUUAGGUUUUUACCUUUCAUCUUUCUCUUUGCCAUCCAUAUUUGUAUUCAAGAGUUAUAUUUUUAGGGUUAGGAAUCUAAAUAUUUGGUGUUUGGCAAGCCCCUGAAGUGUGAGAUUGAUUUAGGCUAGUUCUAAAUCAAGUGCUUUAGGCUCAUGUGAACUCCAGCCUAAAUGCCAGUCAAAGCUAAGGCAUGGGUUCCCCUAGCCGGCUCCAUAGGGAAUGCCUAUGCCCCUUUGGCCCCCACAGUAUGUUUGUUGUUUUUUUUUUUUAAAGUAACUUACAAUUCUGUCAUUCAUUGCCCUACUAUUCUUGAAAGCUCUGUCUGUUUUUUUGUGAGAACCUUUAAAAUCUCCCUUAAUUUUUAUUUUCCCCAGAAAUAAUGUAAAACACUUAAAAUAGAAAUUUAUUAAUUUUAAAACAUCCUGUAAAAUUAUUACAGAAAAUAUAAAUGAUUGGAUCAUUUAACUAUAUUUUUUUAAAUAAACUGAAAGAUAAAGAACACAACACUUUACACACUUUAUAUUUCUCUUUACAUAAUCUGGAUUCAUACACAUUUCUUUUCUUUUUAAAGCACAAUAUUGAAGCCUUUAAAAGGUAUUUAAGGGUUUGGUCAAGUGAAUAUAAAAUGUAUUUGUCUGUAUAAAGAGAAAAUGAAAUUGUAGUCACUGUUAUGUACUGACAUUAGUUACAACCUAGUUUUAAUUCUUAAAACAAUUUGAUUAGCAAAGCUAAAAAAAUGGAUGUUUCAGUUAAAUGUUUUAAAGAGGUACAGAUUUUUACAAGGACAUAAUAUAAGUUAUUGUUCUGUAGAAAUAUCCUAUUAAAUAUUGUAUGUCCCUCCCUCUGUAUACUUUGUAAAAAAAGUAAAAUACAUAAAAARGAAAUCAUAUAGGGAUGUGUGACAUUAUUGUAAUUGUGUACUUGAGAAUAACGUGCAAAAAUAAAAAUCAGAAUAUUUUCCUGUUAAUGAA